UUUCCUCUUAGCCGUGCCUGAAUGAUGUUUCUCCUUUUCCCUUUCCUAGACCUUGGAUUUGGGAUGCAGAAGCCCCUACUUUUAGUCCCUGUCAUGGCCACUCCAAAUGGAACUCUGGUCCACCCAGCACACUUCCUCCUGGUGGGCAUCCCUGGCCUGGGGCCCAACAUCCACUUUUGGCUGGCUUUCCCACUGUGUUUAAUGUAUGCCUUGGCCACUCUGGGCAACCUGGCCAUUGUCCUCAUCAUUCGCGUGGAAAGGCGUCUGCAUGAGCCCAUGUACCUCUUCCUGGCCAUGCUUUCCACCAUUGACCUGGUUCUCUCCUCUGUCACCAUGCCCAAGAUGGCCAGCCUUUUCCUGACAGGCAUCCAGGAGAUUGAGUUCAACUUUUGCCUGACCCAGAUGUUCCUUAUUCAUGCUCUGUCAGCCAUGGAGUCAGCUGUGUUGCUGGCCAUGGCUUUUGACCGCUUUGUGGCCAUCUGCCACCCAUUGCACUAUGCUUCUGUGCUCACAGGGCCUACUGUGGUCAAGAUCGGACUGGCCACCCUGACCAGGGGAUUUGUAUUCUUCUUCCCACUGCCCUUCAUCUUGAAGCGGUUGUCAUACUGCCGAGCACUUACUGUCACACACUCCUUCUGCCUGCACCAAGAUAUCAUGAAGCUGUCCUGUACUGACACCAUGGUCAACGUAGUCUACGGACUCUUCAUCAUCCUGUCAGUCAUGGGCGUGGACUCCCUCUUCAUUGGCUUCUCCUACAUCCUCAUCUUGCGGGCUGUGUUGGAGUUGUCCUCUCGGGGAGCAGCACUCAAGGCUUUCAACACCUGCAUCUCCCAUCUUUGUGCUGUUCUGGUCUUCUAUGUGCCCCUCAUUGGGCUCUCAGUGGUGCACAGGCUGGGCGGCCCCACCUCGCUGCUCCAUGUGGUUAUGGCUGAUAUCUAUCUACUGCUACCACCUGUGGUCAACCCCAUUGUCUAUGGAGCCAAGACCAAGGAGAUCCGUUCAAGGGUUUUCCAUAUGUUCUCACACGGCAGGUGAGAGGAUACCCACCCCAGUGUCCUCAGUACUACCAUGAUAGGAGGAUUAGCAUUCUGUCAGAUGUC